AUUAUAUGUUUUAGUAGGAAAUUAUCAACCAUCAUUUUUUCUUAAUACGUCCCUGGAUUUAAAAAAUUUUCCUUCUAACGCAAUAAAUACCCAUAGCGGCAUUUGAAUUUAUUUUUCAGUUUUUGUUUAACAGUUCGGUAUUACAGUUUGUUCGCGCCUUUGAAUAUCGUUUUUAAUUUACUUAGACUAACUUUAUUCGAUGGAACGUCAUAGAUCUCUCUACAAAGACCUAAAUAAUGGUCUAUUAAGCCCUAGAAAUUUUAGCAAAAUAAAUAGAAAUAUAAGUAAUACCAAUCGAGCAGAAAAACGCAUGCAAAAUUAUUUAAGUUGCCGAAAUAUAUCAGUAAGUCCAUCGCCUAAAAAGGAGGGCAUAAAGAACGAGUUACCAUCUAAUGGCAUUAGCAGGAGCGAUUUAAAUAAUCACACUAAUUCUAAAAGUAAUAAAAAUGAAUCCAGUGAACUUUGUGGCGGAAUUGAUUGCUUGCCGGCACGAAACGCUGACAAACAAAUAAAUUUGGAUUUAAAAAAUGAUUUACAAACGUGUAUUGAGAAACCGAAACCUGAAAAAGCAGAAAUAAAUUGUGCAAAAAUGGUUAAAAUCCAGCGCCAAAAUGCUUUUGAUGAAAAAGAGCUUAACAUAAAACAAACGAAGCAAAAUAAGGAGAACCAAGCAACCAGCGGUAAUGGGACAAAAUCUCUAACUGGUACUGUUGGUGAAGCGUCUGCAUCUGAAAAGAAUUCACGACGACAAAAUUUUCUUAAUAGAUAUAUAGCUUGGAAAAAUGAAAAGAAAAGUAAAGAACAAGAACGAAAAAAUAUAACUAAACCAUUCGUGCCGGCAGGCGCCCAUACAAAACCCAUAAAGAGUGCAAAAAGUUCAGUAGAAAGUGCAAUGCCAAAAAACUAUCAAUUUAAACCACCUGCAGGAAUUAAAAGUCCAGUUACUUCAGAGCAUAAAUUAAAUCAAGAAGAUAGAAAGACUCGGCAAUCUAUUUACACAGUUGUUCCAACACCGCCUAGAAAAAACAAUAACUUAAGUGGAGAUAAUUUAAACAAAAGACCAAUUUCUAGUUUAACGUCAGAAGUUUUGCGAAAUAAACUAAACUGUCCUGAAAGAAAAACCAAUAUUUCUUAUAAUACAACAAAGAUCGAUGCAGCAGGAAUCAAAUCAGCAACACAACUGCGAAAAUCAACUAUCACAAAAAAUAUAACUGAAAAGGCAGCUGUUACGUCUGUUCGCGGUGGAAUAAAAAGCGAUACAAAUUCAUCUGCCAAACCGCAGACUUUGGCGUUUUCACAAACAACGCACCACAAAGCAAUAUCAACAAAAAAAAUAUCUGAAAAACUUAAUAAUAAGCAAGAUAAGCCUAAAAUGGUUGCACCCAAUUUAACAGCAGUGGUUGAUAAUGCAAAACUGAAUAAGGCUAAGACUGGCGUGUCAAAUAUAAGUACUUUAAAAGCUAAACAGGAUAAGGGAGCUUUUAAUAAACCAACAGGAAAGGUAAAUUCGAAACCAACUAAUACUGCUCUGCAAAGAGGCGCUAUAGGCAAAAUAAAAGAACUGCAGACUAAGCAAGAAAAUAACAUUAAAGAAAGCCAUAAAGCUACACAUUUGUCUAGGAAUCUUAAGUCGAAGAAAAUUAAUAAAUUGCCACAGAUGAAUAAAAAGAAAGCUUUUAACUAUUUAAGUGACCAGGAAUUGCAGCAACCUGUAUUGAAAACCCCAUUUGAAAUAGGUAAUUUCAAUCCGUUUGAAGCAUUUGUAACAUCGACUAAGUUGAAGUCGCCGUUAACCAAUGCAGUUGAGGAUAUAAAUAAUGCAGUAAGUCCUGUUAAACCAUUAGAAACGCAAGAAAUACAAAAACCUUCAUCUGAUAACUCAGCGAAGCGUGCACUUACAUUCAAUUCAAAAAAGUUCAACUUUUUGCGAUAUUCAGUAAUAGAAGGUUCUCAUGGUUCAAUGGAUAUUCCAUUAAACCAAAAUGCCGCAAUAGUGAAGGAUAAAACAUUGAAAUCAAUCAAUAAGUUUAAUGAAGACGAUGAUAAGCUUAAAACUCCACCUGAAAUUGAGGAGAAACCAAUUAGUUAUUUGAGCCCAUUUGUAAGUGUUUCGAGAGGAAAAGUUAGUUUAAUAAAGGAAAAAGAAAAACGCAACAGCAUUUAUCUAAACAGUGAGACUGAUUGCGUUAAGACAAAUGGCAAUGCAGAUAUAACUAAAGCAAGUCUUUCGAUCGAAACACGUCGCAUCGUUGCUGCAGUAAGUUAUUUCCGCGAACAAUUAAGCAAUGAAAUUGAACGCCUUGAUAGCCUUUGCGAAAAUUGGGAAAAAUAUAAAAACGAAAAUUUACAACAAUUACAAAAUACGGGGGGUGAUGAUAUGAUUAAUGCUACUAUAGGACAAACGAGACUUUUAACUAGUAAAAAGUUUAUGCAAUUCAAAGGACUUAUUGAGCGUUGUGAAAGUGGAGCAAAUAAAAAAGAUGUGGUUGACGAUGGAAGCGAGGAUACUAAGCCUGUGACGGAUGUAGAUUUAGAAGGCUUUUGGUCGAUGCUUGGCUUACAGAUCGAUAAUGUAGAUAAACGGUUUGACAGUUUAAAUCAUUGGCGGGAUAACAAUUGGUCUGAUCCAGACGUAAUUGUUAAAGUAAAUGAGAAAAAGAAAAAAGUUAAACCAAAAGCUAAAACAGCAUUUAAAGCGAAGCCUAGCUCAGCGCUACAAGAAAUGCUACGAAAAAUACACGCAGAAAGGCGAAAUAAUGCAAAAGAUACUAAAAUUGAUAUUCUGCAAAAUGGAAUUGAGCUUACACCGUCACAUAAACGUCACUCUCGUAGUGGUACACCUAGUUCUCAAGGUCGCAGCUCAUCAAGACGUAUUUCCGUACUGGUAAGAGAUAGGAAAAGCUUUUCAAAAACACCAACGAUUAUUACUAUGACACCGUCAUCGCGUAAAACUUUAAUUAAUCGUAAUGCCCCAUCGGAUUUAUCUAAACACGUAGAAACGAUUAACGAAUACAGGCGUAGCUUAACACUUAUGGAAGAAACAUUUAUGGAACAUACUAAUUUGUUGAAGACUGCACUUGUGGGUGCAGAACGAAAGAGUCAAAAUAGUAUAUUAGCAAUGACAACUCCUAGUCAAAUGUCGAAACGUAUAAAUGAAAGAAAAUCUAUUUUAAAAACUCCCGGCACACCAAAGGGAAAACCGAAAAAUGUGAAUUUCAAUGAAAAGUUGUGCAUAAAAAAUUUUAAAUUUAUUAUUAAUGAUGAAAUGGACACAUCCGACAAAAUUUUCAAUAAACAAAAAUCUGACUAUGAUUCUAUCAAAGUUCUUAAACAUAUGCCUAAAAAUGAUAAUAAUGGAAAUGCUGAUAGAGAUCAUGAUACACAUCAAAAUGAUAAAGACGAAAAUGAAUCACCAGGGGAGUAUACAUUACGCAACCGUACGAUCAAAUUGCGCCCAUCAUCUGAAAUUAUAAUACCUUAGUUUAUUUUUUGUUGUUCUAUUAUAUUUUACACGAUUUUCUUUGUUAAUUCUAAAAUAUUAAU